CCCCAUCGCAUUUGAAGUGCAAAUAUGGAAUUUCCGAGAGUCCUUUGGCUAGCAUUUGUUCCUAUUUUCGUUGCAGUCGUGUCCAUCAUGAUGGCACGACGACGGGCGACGUCCUUCCCAACAAGCAAACGAUCACCUCCUCCGCCGCCCACGGCCGCAGGGGCUCCCUUUCUUGGCAUCCUCCCAGCGCUUCUCGCCAAGGGCCCGCUGCGAGUGCUCUGCGAUGCCCACGCGGAGAUGGGGAGCGUGUUCACGGUGAGAUUGUUGCAUCGCAAGGUCACCUUCCUGGUUGGGCCAGACGUGUCGAGCCAUUUCUACCAAGGACUGGAGUCAGAAAUCAGCCAGGAUGAGGUCUCGCAGUUCACCACUCCGACCUUCGGGCCCGGCGUCGCCUUCGACGUGGAUUUCGCCACUCGGCGCGAGCAGUUCCGCUUCUUUGGGGACGCAAUGAAGCCGGCCAAGCUCAGAAGCUACGCCCGCCUCAUGGUGCGCGAAGUCGAGGAGUACUUUGCGAGAUGGGGACAGUCCGGCACGGUUGACUUGAAGCAGGAGCUAGAGCACCUCGUCACGCUCGUCGCCAGCCGAUGCUUGUUUGGGGAGGAGGUGAGGGCGAAGAUGCUGGUCGAGGUCGCAACGCACCUCCGUGAACUCAACGACGGCAUGCGCCUCGUCACCAUCCUAUUCCCGCACCUGCCGAUCCCGGCGCAUCACAGACGUGACAAGGCGCGCGCUAGGCUCGGCGAGAUAUUCUCCGACAUCGUCAGCUCCCGCAAAGCAAGCUGCCCCGAUGGCAGCCGAAACGUCGUCGAUGACAUGCUCCAGUGCCUGAUCGAUUCCAGGUACAAAGACGGCCGCGCCACGACCGAGACGGAAGUGGUCGGAAUGCUGGUCUCUGCGCUGUUCGCGGGGCAGCACACAAGCUCCAGCACGGGCACGUGGACCGGAGCGCGCCUCCUCGCGCGCGCCAACGCCAAGCAUCUGCGCGCUGCCGUCCAGGAGCAGGAGCGGAUCAUGGCGCGGCACGGGGACCGCGUGGACUACGAGGUCCUGCAGGAGAUGGACACCCUCCACCGCUGCGUCAAGGAGGUUCUGCGGCUCCACCCGCCGGCGAUGAUGCUGUUGCGCCAUGCGCGCCGGAGCUUCACCGUGCGGACAAGCGAGGGCGUCGAGUACGAGGUCCCUGAGGGGCGCACGGUCGCGAGCCCGCUGGUGAUCCACAACCGUCUCCCGCAAGUGUACAGCGAUCCGGAGACGUACGAGCCGGACCGGUUCAGCCCCGGCAGAGGAGAGGACAGGGCAGGCGGGGCGCUCUCGUACACGGCGUUCGGCGCUGGGCGGCAUGCGUGCGUCGGCGAGGCGUUCGCGUAUAUGCAGAUCAAGGUGAUAUGGAGCCACCUCCUGAGGAACUUUGAGAUGGAGAUGGUGUCGCCGUUCCCCGAGACGGACUGGAACGUGGUCAUGCCAGGGCCCAAGGGGAAGCUCAUGCUCCGCUACAACAGAAACACAAGAGGGAUGUCGACGGCCGCCUAAAUCAUGAGCCGACACAGACGCUACGUGUAUCUACUUCAUGUUGACCGUUUGCUUUGUCCUGGCACCAAUAAAUUACCGAUCUCGCCUAAGUUAACCGUUGCGCCAUGCACAGUUGAUCUACUGUGUUUUUCGACAAGCCAACACUAACACUAUAGUGCACUUUCCUGAGUGACAUCCUUUACGUGUGUGUGUGUCCACCUCGUUUUUUUCUUGAGUGA